AAAAAAGUUAUGUCAGAAAGUAAUAACUUUUUCGGUACACCUUUUCCAGAACAAACCGAACGAGAUAAACGUAUUGGGGUUACAGACGCAGGUCAGUUCCAACCUGUAUGGAAGCAAGAAGCACGCGAUGAACAAGGACGAAGACGAUUCCAUGGAGCUUUCACUGGAGGGUUUUCAGCAGGCUAUUAUAAUACAGUGGGAUCAAAAGAAGGUUGGACUCCAAGUCAGUUUGUAUCUUCAAGAACUUCUCGCCGUGAACAACAGACGCAACGAGUUGAGGACUAUAUGGAUGAAGAAGAUUUACAAGAAUUGGCUACCUCAAAACGAUUAGUGGCAACAGAGGAAUUUGAUACUUUAGGUAGUACUGAGAAGGAAAUGAGCAGACGUCGUCAGGAAGAAGCGAAAGUAGGAAGUGAUAAUAGUGGAUUAUCAUUUCUAGUAUCAGAUUUAAUGAAUCUGGUGGCACCAACACAAGACUCAACGGGUAUGAAACUUCUUCGAAAGAUGGGUUGGAAACCAGGACAAGGAAUAGGACCAAGGACUAGUUAUAAACCAUCAAUGAUGGACGAUGAUAGUGAAGAGGGGUGGCAAGAUGAUUCUUCUUUAUCUUUACAACAAAUGACAUUGGCUCCUAAGGAUACGCCAAUUGUGGAUUAUCAACCAAAAACCAAUACGUUCGGAUUAGGUUACGAUUUAGUAGCGCAUGUACCUCAAGUAGCAGAAAUGCGGCGAUUUCGGCAACAUCAAUUGGAUCAACAACAACAUUUAAAAGAGAACAUUUCAGUAAAACAAUCAACUUCAUCACGUAUAGGAUUUGGUGUGGGUGUAUUUGAAGACGAAAAUGAUGAUACAAUGCCAUAUGAUGAUGAUCAAAUGGGCUCUUUUGCAAAAUAUCAUCAUACACUUUAUGAAGAUGAAGACACUCUGGAAUUAUCGAAAAGUUAUAACAAGCGAAAAUAUAUGAAGGAUACUAAUCAAGAUGAUCAAAGGAAAAAAGUUCGUUGUUCUGAUGGUCAUUUACCACUCAAAGGUUUCCAUGUAUCCAUUCAAGCGCAAGUCUUGGGUAAAUGGUAUGCACCUCCAUCAGUACCAAAGGAUUUUGUUGAAAUGCAUUCUCCAUCAACCAAUAUGAGCGAUAGGAAAAAAAAUUUGACAUCUCAACAACAAGAAUCAAUAACAGUGGAUGCACGAGGUGCAAUGCUAGGGGAGAAACCUAUUGAAGCCAGAUCUGUGUUUGAUUAUAUGUCAUCAAAAUCUAAGGAAAGGUUAGCACAAACAGCACAUAUGGUCAAGUUGGCAAAUGCACCACCAGUGGAUGAAUCAAAAUUACAAGUUUCAUUGGUACCAAAGGAUGUAGCACAACUAGCAUUGCGAGGAUUCAUGCCUUUUGGUGAAACACCUGAAAAACAAGCACGAUAUCGACAUUAUCUGGAAACAGCUGCCAAAUUUGAAAGUGAUCAACCGUCUCUCUUCGAAGGUGAUAAUAUAAAAAACAGAAUGACAACAUUCGAUAUUCCUCCUGGUAUGACUUUUGAAUCUGGAAUGAAAGAAUUGGAUGAAUUUAUCAAAGCGGCAAGAAUCUUCCGUCCUAUCAGUAGUAUGAUGAGUGGAAGAUUUACCUCUUCUUCUAGCUCUGCUACUAGUUUUGUGGGCAGCAGUGGUGGCAAUGUUGAACAAAUUUCUUUUGAAGGUGGUUUGAAAACGGAGGAGCAAUGGAAAAAAGAAAAAGUGUUAAGGCAACAACAAAAGACAGAUCAACCCAAGCCAGAGUUAUCGCAAGAAGCUGAAGCUGCAGCUAUGAACUUAUUUGGUCCAUUGACCAGAACCAUCAAACCAUUCUAUCCUAAUCGGCUUUUAUGUAAAAGAUUCAAUGUACGUAAUCCACAUCCUGAUCAUAUACCACAAGAACAAGGACAUAGGACUAUGGCAGGAUCGACCGUGGCACUGAAUGAAAAAGUGAUGGCUGCAAUGAUUUCUCCCCAACAACAAGUUAAUAAAGAAGAUGGGAAUAAUGGUUCUGUGCGUCCUGUUUUGGCUUUGAUGGAUACACAAGCGGAUGACCCUGCGUUACAUUCAAUUAUUCCUAAACCUUCGGCCAGACCAAAUGACGGUGAAAAAACGGAAUCAUCAACAGCACAACAACAAGGUGAUGAAGAAGAUCUAAAUUACGAGCGACCUGCCAUGGAUAUUUUUAAAGCCAUCUUUGAAAACUCAGAUGAUGAAGAGGAAGAAGAAGAAAAAGAAGAAAAAGAAGAAAGAACAUCUAUGAUCAUAGAUUCAUCUAUUUCUAACGAACAACAACAACAACAACAACAAAAAGAAGAGGAUGAUGAUUUUAUUGGACCACCAUUACCAGAUAUGGAAAAAGAAGAUUAUUCUCAAACACCCACGGAAGUAACCCCUUUACCCGAAACGAGUGACACACCUUUUAGACCAAUAUUUACUAAACGUGAAGCUCAAGAUACCAAAAUCAAAUCUGAACAAAUUCUAGUGACACCUUUUCAACCACGACUCUCAUCAGCGAGUUCUAGUAGCCAUCGUCGGCGUCAUGUGUCAGUAUCUUCAGAAUCAGCCUCAUCUGCUAGUGAAGAGGAUGAUGAUGAUGAUAGAAAGAAACAUUCAGAUGAAAGAAAACGGAGUUAUUCCAAGGAUCCAAAGAAGAAGAAAAAGAGUAGAAAAUCUGGAGACAAGAAAAAGAAGGAUGACCGAAAGAAGAAAAGGAAACACCAUCAUCGGGAAGAUCGACAUCGUCAUCGUCAUCAAGAGACUAGAAUAGAAGAUGAUAUGUCAUUAUGGGUAGAAAAGAAAACUUCAUCAUCAUCAUCAAGACGUAGUCGUCCUGAAGAUUUAUGGUAGAUUAAACAUGUGUUUUUUCUUUUCGAAAUAAAAAAAGAAAAACGAGCUUUUUUCUAUUUUUAUUAUGUCUUUUUCAAACUCCUCGAUUGAUCAUCAAAAAAAAAAAAAAAAGUGUCAAACACAGAAUUGCAUGAAAGGUUUUUUCGUUAGUUUGAUUUCUUUUUUUGUAAAAUGUUGAACAGAAAUACCAUGAUUGGGAAUUCAAGGGGACAACAUCGUGGAGGGUGGGAAGGUCAAGAUCACAUGAUCAAGUAGUUACAAACAGAAAAAUAAGAUUCACAGAAUGUCCGGAGAGUUACCAUCCAUUUGAUUGGUGCACCUUUUGUGAUACAGGGUAAAUUCAUGGCAUUUUUUUUUCUUUUUUUAAAAAAAGCCUUUUUUAUUGUAUUUUAUCUUUUUUUUCAUUUUUUUUUUCAUCACCUUUUUUUUUAUUCUUUUU